AUGAGUUGGGCCAAGGACGAGAAAGGAGAUCUAGUCGUGGAUGUUACUAUCAAGGGUGAGAACUCACCACACCGGUACGAUGCUGUAUUCAACUCGGCUCCGCUUGGUGCCAUGCAAUGGGUGGAUCUUUCGGGCCUCAAUCUCAACCGGGGCACGAAGCAAGCUAUCCGCUCCCUCGGUCACGGAGCAUCAUGCAAAGUGGGCAUUCGAUUCCAGAACCUCUGGUGGAUCAAGCACUCAGGCAUCGAUAAAGGUGGUAUUGCGAAAACAGAUCUCCCACUGCGCAUUUGUGUCCACCCAUCCUACAACCCGCAGGAUCACAACCCCAACGACGACACUGACAAACCCGGCGUCCUGCUAUGCUCCCACACAAGCGGGCAGCGUCGCCGAUCAAUCGCUCACGAAUCUCUCCAGGAUGAAGAGGAGCCGACGACACUCUUGAUCGACAGCCUCGCCAAAUGGCACUCCGAGGACCGACGACCACGAGGAUCCACCAAAUCAUCUCCGACGCCUACGAGACGCGCCACGCGUACGACCGGUACGCCGAUGCCGGCACCGCGGGCGCGAUCGCGUACUUCGACCCCAGCCUUUCCGCAACGUGUACCCGUGGAUCACGCGCAGCAGUGGGCAGCACAUGAUCAUUGGGAAAGCGGCCUCGACACGUUGGAACCUGCCGUGCGAGGCGUCUACCAAUCCCUCUCUGCGCAUUCGGCCAACAGCCCAGCGGCCCACGAGGCACUGCAGUUGUACUCUCUUACACAGAUCCUUCUCGGAGGGCAAACGCAAUGGUCGAUGUGCGCUUAG